UCUGCACAUGCAACCGUGUUGCCGGCAGCCGCUUUCCAAUACUAAUCCGACACCGCCAUCAACAAAGUUUUUUAUUUAAAUGCAUUUUUGACACAAAAACAACGGCAAGAAAUGGCGCAAACGAAAUCUACAGCAGCUAAGCGCCCGAGGCUGGACAACAGACAGGCAAAUGCACAAGAAGAGGAUGAGACGCCAUCCGUGUUCAAUCCAAAGUAUCGGGUGUGCCCCUACCUGGACACGAUCAACCGAAAUCUGUUGGACUUUGAUUUCGAGAAGCUUUGCUCCGUUUCGCUGACGCGGAUCAAUGUGUACGCAUGCUUGGUGUGCGGCAAGUAUUUCCAGGGACGCGGCACCAACACGCACGCCUAUACGCACUCGGUGGGUGAGGCGCACCAUGUGUUCCUCAAUCUGCACACACUGAGAUUCUACUGCCUGCCGGACAACUACGAGAUAAUCGACUCGUCGCUGGACGACAUCAAAUACGUGCUUAAUCCGACGUUCACCAAGCAGGAAAUAAGCAAGCUGGAUCUAGUUCUGCCCAAGCAGUCGCGAACCGUCGACGGCAUUCUCUAUCUGCCCGGCGUUGUCGGCCUAAACAACAUCAAGGCCAAUGACUACUGCAACGUGGUGCUGCACGCCCUCUCGCACGUGGGCCCGCUGCGGGACUACUUCCUGCGGGAGCAGAACUACGCAAAGAUCAAGCGGCCGCCGGGCGACUCAAUGUUCACGCUGGUGCAGCGCUUCGGCGAGCUGAUGCGCAAGAUGUGGAAUCCUCGCAACUUCAAGGCUCACGUCUCGCCGCACGAGAUGCUGCAGGCGGUGGUGCUGUGGUCGAGCAAGCGCUUCCAAAUCACAGAGCAGGGCGAUCCCAUUGACUUUCUCUCCUGGUUCCUCAACACCCUGCAUCGUGCGCUCAAGGGCAACAAGCAGCCAAACUCCUCGAUUCUGUACAAGAUAUUUCUGGGCGAAAUGCAGAUCUUUACGCGCAAAAUGCCGCCCGUAGAGCUGGACGAUGCGGCCAAGGAGAAACUGCUGGCCACCGAGGAGUACCAGGAUCAGGUGGAGCACACGAACUUUAUCUAUCUCACCUGCGACCUACCGCCGCCGCCACUGUUCACCGACGAGUUCCGCGAGAACAUCAUACCGCAGGUGAAUCUCUACCAGCUGCUCGGCAAGUUCAACGGCAGCGCCGAGAAGGAGUACAAAACCUACAAGGAUAACUUCAUGAAACGCUUCGAGAUCACCCGAUUGCCACAGUUCAUUAUCCUGUACAUCAAGCGCUUCACCAAGAACACAUUCUUCUUGGAGAAGAACCCAACAAUUGUUAAUUUUCCGAUCAAAAACGUGGACUUUGGUGACAUUCUGGGCAUGCGACAGAGAGACAAGGAUGUCAAGGACACCAAAUACAACCUGGUGGCGAAUAUCGUGCACGAUGGUGACCCCAAGAAGGGCACUUAUCGCGCCCACAUUCUGCACAAGGCCAAUGGGCAGUGGUACGAGAUGCAGGAUCUGCAUGUCACCGAAAUUCUACCCCAGAUGAUAACACUUACCGAGUCCUACAUUCAGAUAUACGAGCGGAGUUCAGAGCCCUCAUGAUCCCUAGUUUAUUAUUUGUACCGAAAAUACAUCCCCCUACCCACGAGCUAUACAUAAAUACAAGCUAUAGUCCACACAGACAUGACUAUAA